UUAACGCUAUUAACAUCACCGGAAGUGUAAACUUAUGCUACGGAAAAAUGCCACGAAAGAAAGGAAAUGAAAUAAGUAUUAAGUUAAGAACAUGAAAUCAGUUCUGACCUUUCUAGUUAUUUUGUUGUCCUUAGUUUGUUGUUUUGAUUCAAGCGGCGCAACAACGCACGGCACAAGUUGUGGUGGGUAUUUCAGAAAAAGCAAAAUAGAAAUAAAUGGAGAUAAUUUGGGUUACUGCUGGUGGUUCCUUGACUACAACUUUAACGCAAAACGAGCCUAUGACCAAUGCAGCGCUUUUCGUGCUAGACAGACUGCAGUAACUACCCCAGGAAAAGCAAGAAAACUUUCUAUUUUUAUCAAAGAUAACAUUAAGCUGUACGCGAGUGGAAAGAAAGGAACUAGGCAUAAAAAUACCUUCAAAAACGGUUGGCCAACUGGUGAGGUCUGGGUCUCUGAUAUAAACAACGGACGUUGGAAAUCCACACAAAGGGCGGUGACUGACGACACUACCAAAGAAUCAAUUAAGAAGCAUGGAAAUCAGUGCGUGGUUUUUAGUCACCGAAAGUCAUCAUGGCGUUAUGCGAGUUGUUCCGAGAAACAUCCGACAAUCUGCGAGGAUACACGUCAAACGUAUCCCGAUGACGUAGGCGCAGAUGACUGGACUACUCCGUCUGUAACACUUCCGCCCACACGCCCCCAUCCAAAGGGAUUGAAACUGACCUGCCCUAAAGGGUAUGAUGAAUUUAUGAAGCACUGCUUUUAUAUCGGUAAAAAAAGAGAGUCGCUAGCUGAUGCAGCCAAGACAUGUUACAAGACCGGGGGUAAUCAGGUCUGGAUCUCCGAGUCAGCAAAGUAUGCUCUUGUACAAAGAUAUGUUCAAGUGAACAAAAAGAAAUUUCCUCCCCCUUUUUAUAGUGCCUGGCUGGGACGUCUUGAAGGAAAUGGUUAUAUCAUCAAAUGGAAAAGUCCCGGGACUAACGCCAGAUACAUCAUCAACAAAUAUCAUUUGUCUGGGUUAAAGCAGUUAAAGGAAGGUAUCCUACCGAAUUUAUAUAUUACCUCCGGGGGAAGAGUUAGUAGAUGUGGAAACAGUUGUCAACCAACAGCAGCUUUUUGCGAAUCAACUCGUAUAAUACCCAGAAGUCAUAACCAUCGCAUGACUAUGCCACCGUUCCCAACUAAGCCAACGAAAAUGAAAACAAUUUAUAAAAAACCAGAGCUAACGAAAUCAAAGCCGAUUCAUAGAAAAUAUAAAAGUGAAAAACCAGAGCUAACGAAAUCAAAGACUAUUCAUAGAAAAUAUAAAAGUGAAAAAUCAGAGCCAACGGAAUCGAAGCCGAUUCAUAGAAAAUAUAAAAGUGAAGAAACAGAGCCAACGAAAUCAAAGCCAAUUCAUAGAAAAUAUAAAAGUGAAAAACCAGAGCCAACGAAAUCAAAGCCAAUUCAUAGAAAAUAUAAAAGUGAAAAACCAGAGCCAACGGAUUCGAAGCCGAUUCAUAGAAAAUAUAAAAGUGAAGAAACAGAGCCAACGAAAUCAAAGCCAAUUCAUAGAAAAUAUAAAAGUGAAAAACCAGAGCCAACGAAAUCAAAGCCAAUUCAUGGAAAAUAUAAAAGUGAAAAACCAGAGCCAACGGAAUCGAAGCCAAUUCAUAGAAAAUAUAAAAGUGAAGAAACAGAGCCAACGAAAUCAAAGCCAAUUCAUAGAAAACAUUAUAGUGAAAAAACAAAGCCAAGGAAAUCAAAACCGAUUAUUAGCGAAAAGCUUGAGCCAGAGGAACUAAUCAAUAAAAAGCAUUAUCGUAUAAAUCAAAAGCCAACGAAAUUGGAACAAGCAUACAGAACGGAUCCACCCGAAAUGACUCUACCAGCGGCAUCAAAACCAGCUGACGUACAAGAGCAGUUUGAUUAUAAUGCUAAGAACAAAGAAGAGAACAAUGUUCCGCAGGACAACAAAGGAGCUCUACAAAUUCGUAAAGAGUAUCCAGAGGAAACCGAGAUAGAAGCAAAUACGCAAGAUGAAUUGAACACUAUGAGCAGAACCCCAAUGGGCCCAUUGGUGAGAGACUCAGCUACUACUGUGACGUCAAACCCAAGUCGCCUAAUUCUUCUAUCGAUCAUUGUAAUAUUCAGUACUAGUGAAAUGUUCUUGAUGUGAACAAAAAGACUUUAUUGGACAACUUAAGAUAACA